ACACCCUCCCCCCACCCGUAUGUGCGUUCUUGGCUGAGCGUGCGCAAUGCGACGAGAACACGUUGACCACGUAGCUAGCGUUAGCUGCAGCGAAGCGUCAGGGUUCGCGAAGAAAAAAAACAAACAGCUCUAAUAAGAAAAACAGAAACGGCCACCAAACUGUUGUAACGGGCCGUUGAAAAUGGCGAGGUACCUGAGGCCUCCUAAUACCUCUCUCUUCGUCAGAAACAUCGCCGACGAGUCCAGAAUGGUAAAGAUACUGUUCUGGAGACCCCACACCAAAGAAAGUUGAAAGGCGGUUGUAGAGUAGAUUCAAGCCAAAGACACCCAGGCGACAAGCAAUAGUGGAAUUGGGAAAAUAAAGAGAGAGCAAAAGCAUGAAGAUACAAAGAGGAGAAAAGAGAGCACCCAGGCUUCCAUUUGUCUACCAAAGGGAGGAAAAGCAAAGUGUUUAUUGGGCAAAGACAAGCAGGAAACCUCAAGUUCUUCUGCCAAGACAAUAAAGAUCAAGCUGAAGGUCAAAGGUCAAGCAUGUUAAAGGUAACAAGCCAAACUUUUUAUGUCCGGGAUGCAGAAGAUGCUCUUCACAACCUGGAUCGUAAAUGGGUUUGUGGACGUCAGAUCGAGAUCCAGUUUGCCCAGGGAGACCGCAAGACCCCUAACCAGAUGAAGGCCAAGGAGCGCCAUUCCCCUCGCAGUUUCUCCCGCUAUGAUGAUGAUCGUGAUGGCCGCCGCAGACGGUCCCGGAGCCGCAGCUAUGAUCGUCGCAGGUCCCGGAGCCCCUCCUAUGAACGCCGUCCUCGGAGGUCUGAGAGCCCUCGAGAUUCUCGGUCCUACAGUCGACAUAGACGGAGCAGAAGCCACGAAAAUGACAAGUACAGAGGUCCUCCUCGUGAUCACCACAGAACACACCAUGAACCAGGCUCACGUAGCCGCUCCGCGUCCCACUCGCCCUCACCCUCCAGAUCCAGGCCAAAAGGCAAAAAGAGCCAGUCAAGGUCCCACAGCCCAGCUGAAGAGUUCCACCCAACCUCCAGCUCCCAGAAACAGUCUGUGGGACGAUCUCAAUCCCGCUCCUACUCUAGAUCCAUGUCCCGUUCGCGUUCUCGCUCUAGGUCCUGGGCUGGACGCAAGUCCGGAGGUCACUGACUGGUCUUCCAAAGCCCUGUAUUUAUCAGUCCCUGAGGAUGUUUCUGUUCAGCUUUCAACUUAUAACCAGAGCGUUAUGCUCUAUAUUUGCAUUUGUUUUUCAUCACAUUAUGGAAGAAUCUGUUGCCAAAGCAAAGAGCAGUCGCAGGAGCUGAGAUAAUUUUUCAAGCACAGUGAAGGUUUUUAGUUCUGAAGUGAUCCAUGAGAACACAGUUGAUCCCUGGAAAGUUUUGCCAGAGUUUUUCUGGACUUGUGAUGUGGGUUGUUGAAGGUGGAGAUAAUAUGGUUUGGCUUUGCCAAUAAUUUUUUUUACUUUAAGUUAGCAAUAUUUACAGUCAUACAUUUGUUGAUAUGAUGCCUGUCGCAGUUUGGUGUUCUGUAAACACGGAUAAAAAUAAAAUCGAAUUCCAGGCCAGUAUUACCAAUAUCUACCAAGUGCCACGACCUUACAUGCCUGGUUUCAGGGGCACUUAUACAGCGGGCAAACUGUAUACUGUGGUAGCAGUUUCUGUAGUUACUAUGGCAAUGGAUGAUGAAUGGAAUACAGUCAGUUGCUACCCAAUACUUUGUCCUGUAUUUUACGUUAAAGUAUGUAUGUUGUCCUUUUAAUGGUUUUACUUGGUAUGCUUUAUCAAUAAAGAUAUAAAUUC